AGGAUACACGUAGACCUUUUUAGUGUAUGUAGCCUGCUGUCACUUUAUCCAUCUAAUGGUGAAAUAAUAGCAAUUGAUCAUUUACACCGUUUGUAGAUGCUCCAUUAUUAUUGUUGGAUUGCACCAACGGUAUAAUUGGUAUAAAUUUGCAUCAGUCGGACCUACAAAUCUCCAAAAAAAAAAUGUUUUUAUGUGAAGGCACGGAGGUUUACCCUAAUAAUUCAGAGCAGCAGUUCCAGGGUUAUUUUAUUUUAUUUUGAUAGUCUGUUGCAGAAGUAGUUUUCUUUUCACCCUGAACGAUUUGACAGCGCUGACGGAGCCAAAUGCGCGUAAAAGUUGUCCACUCCUCCUCCUCGUCCACGAGGCUCAUUUGGCUCCAGAUAUAAACACAGAGCUGCUCUCUGUCGGCGCUGCGCUCCUCAGUCUCCUCUCAACCAGCGGGCAGUCUGCUCCAACAGGCCGAAAAACAGCAACGACAACAAAAAGAAAAAAGGCAGGAGGGGACGAUCUCUGGCAUUUCCCCCAGGAUGGAGGAUUCUCCAUCCAAGCCAUCUGUGGCUGAGCUGGCUGGAAGGUUCAAAGGUCACAUUUUACCAAUGCCCACCUCAAAUAACAAGUUGCCAUUUCGAAGAAGACCCCCAUGUUCUCUAAAGUUGCAGAACCAAAAAGAUGACGAUGAAUCAGCUAAAACUAUCGUCUCACCAAAUCCCUUUAAGAGGAAGAACUCCGCCAUCAUUGAGAAACUCCAGGCCAAUCUUGCCCUGUCACCCACUGCUCUGCUGCCUUCACCCAACAAGAGUCCCGAGGUGAAGCUCCAGCCAGCACCGUUGUCCCCGAUCACACCCUGCAGCCCGCGGAGCCCCCUGAGCCCCACCCUGCGGCCCUCGCACCCGUCCAGUGAAGAGGAGGAUGCCGUCAGCUUUGACAGCCCUCCUGAAGGCGCCCCGCUGCCAAGCAUCAACAAGACUCGUGCACGGCUAUCAUUCAAAAGACGCCCGCCCACGAGACAGCACAGGAGGUCAGCUGGAGAGGAGGCGGGAGCCUCCGGGAGUGAUCUGUCCCCGUGUGAACUGUACAGACAAAAAGAAUAUGGGGACACGGACCAGGUUUUCGAAUACGGACAGCCGGCAAGUCUGAAAGAAGCUGACGAGAAAGACGGGGACUGUGAAAAAACAGAGGAUGGGGUAGCUGAGAGUGACCCGGAUGACAGGGGAGAUCCGGGGUCGGAGCAGGAAGCAGAACAAGCCCAGAACUUGGAGGCUUUGGAGGAGGAACGGCAGCCUUCAGAGCCUUGCCCUGUCGAGCAGAUAGAGGGCCAUGUUAAGACAAAGGAGGAGGAGGAGGAGGAGGAGGACAUGCCUCCGGAGGAGCACCAAGGAGAAAAUGACAUGGUGUGAACUGUGAAUGUUUACUUUAAGAAAAAAGAGUGUGUGUGUGUGUAUAUAUAUAUACACACAUAUUUUUACUGAAUAAUUUAUUCAGUGCUUUGAUUAAGAGAACUUAAAUAUUCCUCAAGUUAAUCCGUUUUAAAUUUCUGGGUUCCUGCUCUUUGUUUGUUUUUUUUAGUCCCGCUGUCGCCCUCUCCUGGCCGUCUAUAGAACAGGUCCAUAAACACUGGAGAGUUAGGAGAAGCAGCUGUUCUCUGCACAUGGAAACAAGCCUCAAAGUUGAUACUGUGUCUGUUAUCUGGAAAUGUUUCAUAUUUUAUCAAGUCUGCAUAGACUUCUGCUUUCAUUUUUUUUUUUUUUCUUGAGCAAAUUUAAAGACAUUAUUAAGAGUGCAAUUCCAUGUCAGAAGUAUCUGUCAUUUAUACUUUGGAAAUACUGAAUGCUGGGUUGACAAAAGGCAACAUAUUAUUAGAGUUCAUAUAUUUAGCAGAUAUAUAAAUUUUUUUGACAUCAUUGGGUGUCGCUUUAGGUUGAAAUGAUGUACUUUGCUUAUCUAGCUCUCGUUUGAUGUAUGUCGGUCUAAUUCUCUGUAUUUGUUUGUUUUAUUUUGUACACUGCAAAAUGUCUAAAUCACAGUGCUACUGUGGAAGGGCUCGGCUCCUCAGCAAUUAUGCACAGAAAUGUGAAGACAGUAAACUGCUUCCUCCUUCUUUCAGAAAACAAGUUGACAUUGCAUGUGUACGGUCAAUGAUUUGUGGGGUUGUAAGAAUCAUUAUGAGUCAAACUGAUUCUGGUGGGCCAGUCAGUAAAUAAAUACUUUAAUGCUGA